UCCAGGCGCCCGGGUGCCGCCGAGCUGUCCAGCCCCAGAGUCAAGCCGGCCGCCUCCCGCGCGCCCCGCGCCCCGCGCCGCCUGCCCGCCCCGCCGCCCGCCCCCUGCUCCCCGCGGGCCCGAGCCGGCCGAGCGGCUGCCCGCCGGGACUCUGCACGGCGCGGCGGGGCCGGGAGCCAGGGACCCUCCGGGGAGAGCGGUGGCCCCGGACGGCUGCGGGGGAGCCGCCGCGCUUGGAUGCGGCGGGAGCAGGGAGCCCCGAGCCGCCGGCGCCGCCUCUGCCCCCGGGCGCCCUAUGGCUUGAAGAGCCCGGCCCCCCAGUGGCCCCGCCGCCCCAAUGGAUCCACUGAACCUGUCCUGGUACGAUGACGACCUGGAGAGCCGGAACUGGAGCCGGUCCCUCAAUGGGUCAGAGGGCCGGGGCGACAGGCCCCAGUACAACUACUACGCCAUGCUGCUCACGCUGCUCAUCUUCGUCAUCGUCUUCGGUAACGUGCUGGUGUGCAUGGCCGUGUCCCGUGAGAAGGCGCUGCAGACCACCACCAACUACCUGAUCGUGAGCCUGGCGGUGGCUGACCUGCUGGUGGCCACACUGGUCAUGCCCUGGGUGGUCUAUCUGGAGGUGGUGGGCGAAUGGAAGUUCAGCAGGAUCCACUGUGACAUCUUUGUCACCCUGGACGUCAUGAUGUGCACAGCCAGCAUCUUGAACCUGUGCGCCAUCAGCAUUGACAGGUACACAGCCGUGGCCAUGCCCAUGCUCUACAACACACGCUACAGCUCCAAGCGCCGCGUCACCGUGAUGAUCGCCAUCGUCUGGGUCCUGUCUUUCACCAUCUCCUGCCCGAUGCUCUUUGGCCUCAAUAACACAGACCAGAAUGAGUGCAUCAUCGCCAACCCCGCCUUUGUGGUCUACUCCUCCAUCGUGUCCUUCUACGUGCCCUUCAUCGUGACGCUGCUGGUCUACAUCAAGAUCUACAUCGUGCUGCGCAGGCGCCGCAAGCGGGUGAACACCAAACGCAGCAGCCGAGCCUUCAGGGCCAACCUCAAGGCCCCGCUCAAGGGCAACUGCACCCACCCCGAGGACUUGAAACUCUGCACCGUUCUCAUGAAGUCUAAUGGGAGUUUCCCAGUGAACAGGCGGAGAGUGGAGGCAGCGCGCCGAGCCCAGGAGCUGGAGAUGGAGAUGCUGUCCAGUACCAGCCCACCCGAGAGGACCCGGUAUAGCCCCAUCCCGCCCAGCCACCACCAGCUGACCCUCCCUGAUCCCUCCCACCAUGGCCUCCACAGCACACCCGACAGUCCCGCCAAACCGGAGAAGAACGGGCAUGCCAAAGACCAUCCCAAGAUUGCCAAGAUCUUUGAGAUCCAGACCAUGCCCAACGGCAAAACCCGGACCUCGCUCAAGACCCUGAGCCGCAGGAAGCUCUCCCAGCAGAAGGAGAAGAAAGCCACCCAGAUGCUCGCCAUCGUCCUCGGCGUGUUCAUCAUCUGCUGGCUGCCCUUCUUCAUCACCCACAUCCUCAACAUACACUGUGACUGCAACAUCCCACCCGUCCUGUACAGCGCCUUCACGUGGCUGGGCUACGUCAACAGCGCCGUCAACCCCAUCAUCUACACCACCUUCAACAUCGAGUUCCGCAAGGCCUUCCUGAAGAUCCUACACUGCUGAGCCUGUCCGCCUGCACGGAGCUGCCUCCUGCCCUUCCCUGGGGCUGCCCAGAUGCCCUCCCUCCUGGCAGGGAAGGGAGGGAGGAGAAAGCAGGACAGGGGGCUCAGGAGGACUGGACCUUAUCCACGCCCCACAGGCCCUGCAGUGUUAGCUUGGCGCCAUGCCCCUCACUGUCUGCACAUCCUCGCUCUGCUGGGGGGAGUCAGGCAGGGCGCCCUCAUGCUGGACCCCCCUGGCUGGGGGCAACUCACAAAGCCCCUUUCCACUACAGGUUCCCUCUCCUCGGCACCAAAGAUGUAGCCACCUUCUCAGAUUUGUGGGCUGGGCUGCGGUCAUUUGGAGCUGAGUGGGGCAUGGCCUGGGGGGGGGGUGGAGGGUGGACAAAGAGGGACAGUCAAGCCCCACAAAGUCCCCACUGGGGAGCCAGAGCAGCUGCUGAGGCCCUGGGCACGAGGCAUGGGGGCCCAUGUAAAUACCAGCUCCCAGGAUGGACCCCCAGAGAAGCCCAAGCCAAAAAUUGUUGACCCUCUUCCAGACCACAGGAGUCUCUGCUUCUCAGCCAGAAUCUGCUUCCCUGAGGGUAGUAGCCCCAGAGGAUCUGUGGGAAGGGGCCAGAACCCUGAAACCUGCCUGCUGUCCCACAGACUCCACACUAGAGAAGAGCGGGCUGUCCCUUCCUGCAGCAAAUACUACGCCAACAGGAAGGGUGGCCAUGAUGGUCUGGAGCCUGGAGUGGGGGUGUCUGAGGUUUUGGGGGUUCUGCCUUCUGCCACACUCUUCCACCCACCCCACCCCUACCUCUGCCUCUUCUUGCUCCUGGCCAGUCCCAAGUGGGAGGUUGCCCCUCCCCCCACACACACACACUUUGGCCUGUCCUGGCCCUGCCCCGAGGGAUGGGAAGCUGCAGCUUGGGGGUGUCCCCGGGCCCCAGACUCUGUAACAUCACACAUGUUCCAAACUAAUAAAACGUUGACAAGA